AUGAUGGCCCCUCAGGGAACUAUUCUUCCAGGGACUGCCAUUCAGCUUGGCAAUUACGCUGUUGUUAUCGACAAAUACAUAGCGGAAGGGGGGUUUGCUCAUGUCUACCUUGCUACGCUUGCUAACGGUAGCGGCUUUCCUGUUGUAGUGAAGCGUAUUGCUGUCGCUGACAAAGAGCGCCUUGCUAUCGUCAACAAAGAGAUCGAGACUAUGAAGCGUUUAGGAAAACACAAAAACAUUGUCGAGUACAUGGAUUCAUGUAUGGGAAAGCUUGAGGGAGGUGGAUAUGAAGUCUUGAUCCUCAUGGAAUAUUGUGGAGGUGGCCCUGUAAUUGAUCUGAUGAACAGAAGACUUCAGCAUCGUUUAACUGAACCUGAAAUCCUCAAGAUCUUUUCGAAUGUCUGCGAGGCUGUUGCUUACUUGCAUUAUUCCGAUCCACCAAUUCUCCACCGUGAUAUCAAAGUCGAAAACAUUCUGCUCUCUCACAAUGAUUAUAAAUUGUGCGAUUUUGGAUCAGCUACUACCAAUAUUCUUCGAGGGGACAAUAUCCCUAGAAAUGUCAAGGACAUUCAAUUGCUUGAAGAAGAAAUCAAUAAUCAUACAACACUGCAAUACCGUGCUCCAGAGAUGGUAGAUCUUUACAUGAGGAAGGGAAUUGAUGAAAAAAUUGAUAUUUGGGCGUUAGGUGUGCUCUUAUACAAACUAUGCUACUACACGACGCCAUUUGAGGAACAAGGACAGCUUGCGAUUCUCAACGUGCGAUAUACGAUCCCCGAGUAUCCUGUCUUUUCGCCUGGACUCGUUGAUCUGUUUAAAUCAAUGCUUAAAGAGGAUCCAAGACAAAGACCCAAUAUCUACCAAGUUAUGAAGGCAACUUCAGCACUGCGUGGACUUCCAUGUCCUAUCAAGAAUGUAUGA